CUUCGACAGCUUGUUUUGGACGAGCUGUACGUGUACUGUCUAUCGUCAAAUAUUGAAUCGCUCAGAUCUUGAUUGUCUUUCUUCAAUCCCCCGGUCAUAUUGCAUUCCCAUCGCCCGUCAUGUUCCGAUCCGGUUAUUGGGACGAUGACCCCAUGGAUGGGGUCCUCGGCUCAUCGAUGCUUCGCCAUGGAGCGUCGCGUCGAUUUGACGAGUACUACCGCUGCUAUCCUGUCGCCAUGAUGCCAGGUCCCGAAAGAGAGAACGUCAACCAUGGCGGCAAGGUCCUCAUGCCUCCCAGUGCUCUGGACAAAUUGACACGGCUACACAUCACUUACCCGAUGCUUUUCGAAUUGAAUAAUGGUGCACGAGAGAGGACGAGUCAUGCGGGUGUCUUGGAAUUUAUCGCUGAGGAAGGAAAGAUUUACCUGCCGUUCUGGCUCAUGCAAUCUCUCCUUCUCGAACCCGGCGAUCUCGUCCAAAUCAAAUCGACCGACCUUCCUCCGGGACAGUUUAUCAAGCUGCAGCCCCAAUCAACCGCCUUCCUCGACAUCAGCGACCCCAAAGCCGUGUUGGAAAACGCGUUCCGGAAUUUCUCAUGCAUGACUAAAGGUGAUAUUUUCACAUUUGCCUACAAUGACCAGGUAUAUGAGAUGGCGGUGUUAGAGACGAAACCGAAAAAUGACACGAAUGCGGUUUCCGUGCUGGAGACCGAUUUGGAGGUCGACUUUGCACCCCCGAUUGGAUAUGAGGAGCCCCAGCGACAGAGUGGCACAAGCACCCCGAGAAGCGGCGUGAACGGGAAGCUACCCGCUGGCGGUUUACUCCACCCACACGGUACGAUGGCACAGUCGAUCAACUAUGCGGCGAUCGCGCCGGAGUCGACCGAGAUGGCAGCAGGCGCAAAGGCGGCAUCGUCGAACUUCGUGAGUGGCGGGCAUCGUUUGAACGCGAAGAAAGGCAGCAAGACCCCAACCCCGAAGGCUUCCACCCCGGUACCCGGAACCAGCAACCCCCAACAGCCCCCUAUCGUGCGAAGGACGAAUGGGCCGCAACCCCUCCGUCUGCCGCCCAAUCAGUUGUUCUUCGGGUAUGCCAUCAAGCCCGCACCGAAGCGUGAUGAGCAGGGUCAAAUUGUCGAGGAAGAAAAACCGCGGUUCCAAGGCGCAGGGCAAUCGCUGCGGCCGAAGAAGAAGGAUGCCGGCGGAUCAUCGACCCCCACUUGAUGUACCCGCGCCGGUGGCGUUGGACAGAUCACUCGCGGUUCCCAAACCUGGCGCAUGGAGUUCACAGACGAGGAAUGGCACUUGAGAACCUGCCACCAUCAAAUCCAGAUUUGACGACAUCUUCUUGUUCUAUUAGUAGUCCAUGACUGUUGCCUUCCCUGGCCUUUAACGAUCUCGUGGAACAUGACUAUCAUCAGGUAUAGCCAGGUAGCGGCUGAUUUCAAUGAGCAGAUGAUUCACGACCUUGGUUAGUCUUCGUGCUAUUUGCUGCUACGUCGCCCGUUGGUGAUCUUAUAACGAAGUAGGCCGUACGGAAUAGCUCCAUGCCGGUCUGUAGUGGUCUUAGCAACAUUAUAAACAGGAACGGAGAACAGUGUAUCGCGUGGCGAGUCAGUUAUCCUUUGGUCUAGA